UUUCCUGAUAUGUCCAUGAGAAGAGAGAUAAAAAAUCUGCAGGUUUACUGUGUAUUUCAAAAACGAGGAUGUGAAGAGCAAAUGAAAGUCAGACAACUACAGGAUCAUAUUAAAAUCUGUAGGUACCGUUCUAGGCGAUGUCCGAAUGGCUGUGGCACCCAAAUGCUUGACAAACAAAUUGAUUAUCAUCUGAAAAACGAAUGCAAGCACAUUCAGUCGGAAACAGAUGAAACAGUUCCUGAUGAACUAGAAGACGAUCCUUUAACUCGGAAACUUUACGAAAAAGCCAUAGAAGAGGGGAAAGAAAUCGAUAAGACUAUCAGAGUAAUGGUGGUCGGUUGCUAUGGUCAAGGAAAGACUACGUUGGUACAACGGUUGUUAGGACAACCAAUUAAAACGGUUGAAAGCACAAAUGGCAUCGAUAUCCACAAAUGUUUGAUCGCACAAGAUGGGGCAAAAUGGGAAUCCGAUGUAGUAGAUAAUGACCAAGACGACAGUAUGAAAAGGUUAGCGUUACUUGCUAAGACAUCAGAAUUAUCAUUCUUAGACUUUGAAACUGAUCUUGAGGUUCAAGAGGAAGUCGAAAAAUGUGAAGAGUUUGAAAUUUUAGAACAAAAGGACGCCAGUACCUUUGAUGAGACUUUUUCUGGCAUAAACUUGCAAACAACUCAGACAAGUAGUUCUGCAACUACCUGUCCUGACGAAGAUACUUCAAAAAAGUCAGUUUCUGAUCCAGUGCAGUUUAAGAAAUUUUCGUCAGAGCUUAAGAAAUGUCAGUCCACGAACUCUGAUUUUUCCAAUGUUAAAACAGAACAUGUAAACAUUUGGGAUUUUGGUGGACAAUACGUGUUUUAUGCCACACAUCAGCUGUUUCACUCAAGAAAUGCUAUAUACCUCCUUGUUUUCAAAUUAAAUGAAGCCCUUGACACAAAAGUUAGGGAUGAAGACUGCCCUGACCAAUCCAACUCAAAGAUGAAAUCCAUGAAAGAUUAUAUUGAAUUCUGGGUAAAUUCGGUACACUCAUUUGUUGGAAACGAGGAGGGGACAGAUCCCCCGAUUAUUUUGGUUGGCACACACAAAGAUAAAUUAUUAGAUGAACUUGAAGCAGACGAACAUUUUGAAUCUGUUAGGGAGUUGUUUGAUGGUCGGAAGUUACUAUACCAUAUUCAACCAGAUACAUACCCUGUUACUGCGACAAAUCCAGCAGAUGAUACUGUUGAACAACUCCGAUCUGCUGUUACCAAGAUUGGAGAGAAACUGGCGACAAAACAUGUGAUUCCAGCAAAAUGGAUUCCACUAGAAAAGGCUUUGAAAGACAUUCAAAAUGAAAAUGUCAUAACAUUUGAAAAUGUCUGGCAAAUAGACAAAAGAAACGAAUUCCCUAUCGGAACUGAGGACCAAGUCAAACUAUUUUUGAAAUACCACCAUGCAAGAGGAACGUUCUUUUACUUUGACGAAGGGGAAAUUUCAGACUUUGUUGUUGUCAAGCCACAGUAUAUAAUCGACGCUUUCAAGUGUAUAAUAACAUCAAGAAAGUUUUGUCAAAGACAACCACACUUAAGGCCUUUAUGGAAGCGUCUUGCUGAAAAAGCAGUUCUAGAGCCUGGUCUUCUUGACAGUACCUGGGGAAAUGAUCCUGAAAACCGGUUCAUGAAGUUCAAAGAUGUUUUGAUCUUCUUUUUGAAAAGACACAGAAUAAUCGCCGAAGCGCUCAAAUAUGACGAAGAUGAAUGCACAAGUUCAACACCGCUUGGUUUUUACAUUGUACCAAGCUUGCUGUCGACAACGGACAGUGGUGAGAUUGAAGAAUUUCUAUAUGGAAAAAGAUGUACACAGGUCUCACUACUGUACUUGUUUGAAAACGAGGCAAUCGUUUCGACGAUUUUCCAAAGGCUUACGGCUGCAGCCAUAGGAACUUGGCCAGUUGUCUGUUUCAGAGGUCAAGACAUGCUGUUUGAACACGCAGGUGCGUACAAACUACACAUGAGUCAUAUAGGACUGAUGCAACAUGUUAGAGAUAAAAUAGAACUGCUAGUAGUUCACCAGUGUCCAGAAAAAAGCGUUGCACCCGAGGUACCACAUUAUUUCCGUAGGUUCGUUGAACUCAUGAUUGAUCAAGAAUUCAUGAAGUUCCGCGGGAACGAUUCGCCUGUCCAAGACUAUCAACACUAUGCACAAGCUGUUAGAUGCUUCCAUGAGCGCCAUAACUGCAAAGGAAGUGAAGCAAUGUACGAUUUGAAGACAUUGAAAUGUAUACCAGAGAAGAUAAUUUGCUGUCCUGAUAACAUAGGACACGGAAGUCUGUGUAUAGCAGAAGUAUUAAAUGCCUGGUACAAUCAAGACUUCAGAAAAGAUAUUCCGAAAAGAAAAUUAGCGAGAAAGGAAUACAGUGAGCUGUCCCGCGCUAUUGGGUAUGAAUGGCACGAGCUAGGGUGGCAUUUGGGAAUCGAUGAUGUAACUAUACAGCAUAUUGAGAUGGACAACCAGCGUACGGCGAUGAGGAUAUACGAGAUGCUUUUGACAUGGGACAGACAGGAAGCAGAAGAAGCAACUCUUGACGUUUUGAUUGAUGCCAUACGCCAAAUUCCACCAAAAGCGGUAAACUGGGACAUUGUAAAUAACAUAAUGGACAAAUUCUACUGAAUGACGAUCAGUUUGUUUUACUUUGAACUGAAAAUAUUCAUAUUUAAAUACAUCGUUUACUUCACACAAAGGGCAUUAACUUGACGUUUGAAUUUGAUUCAGAAACUGUAAGGCCAGUCAGGAAUUUUAAUACAUUUUAUGUACAUACUUUAACUUUCGCAAGGGCAUAUCGUUCUAUUGACAUGAAGUAGAUCUGGGUACUUUUUAAAAAAAAAUAUCUUUAAAAGUUUUAUUGAAUAUUAAUUGUGUACACAGAUAGGUGAAUAUAUAUGUACUUUGCACUGUAUAAAUUAGAAAGAAACCGAAAACAGAAAA